AUGGAAGUGGAUGAAGACAGAGUGCGAAGCACCCUGUCGGACCACAACCUAAUUAGCAUAUCUAUGAAAACGGAGAAAAAGAUUCAAGAAGCGAGUCCCAAAAAGAGACACACAAUCAUAGACUAUGACAAAGCAGCCAAUCUCACGAGACACAGUCUCCGUGAAGCCUUAAUUAAAGACUCGACUGUUAGCCAUGAGAUCUUGAUGGAGAAUAUCAAGGCAAAAAUAUCAGAGAGUUCAAAAGCUAUCACAAUUAAAGGAAAGUAUGCUCUGUGGAACAGAGAGAUUGCUCACCUUGAUAAAACUAAGCGAAACAUCAGUAGAGAAUGGCGUAAAGCAAGGAAAUACGCAGCAGAGGAUGCUGAAGAACUAUUCCUAAAGUUCAGAGAAGCUCAGAGAGAGCUCUCGGAAAAAAUCAGUUUGGAAAUAGCUGCGGAGGACAGGAAAAUGUAUGAUUACAUAGUCCGAUGUCCACGAAAUCUUAGAGCUAAGCGUUUCUGGAACUAUGUCAGGAAGUCCGACAUGGUGACAAAAAAAGAACUUGCUAUCAAAGACAAGAACGGCCUUGAUGUCAAAGCCAGCAGAAUCCGAAGUCAUUUGACCGAGACGAUCGAAGAUCUUCUAGAUGGACAAAAACAGAAGCAGUCAAUGAGGGGGCGAAUACUCAAAAACCUAGGAGACGAAGGCUGUGAAUAUCUAGCUCGAGUCUACGAUGCAAUCGUUAAGGGAGAGGCGUUCCUACCCCGUGAAUGGGCGGAGGCCAGGGUGGCUCUAAUUGAGAAACCCAAUAGUAAACAAGGGAUCCUACAUACGUAUCGACCGUUGACUAUAUCGGCCCUCACGUAUAGAAUAUUCACCAGAAUUAUAAACAAGAAAAUCCAAAAAUGGAUAGUCAAACACAAAAUACUGGGAGAAAUGCAACAUGGAACAAAAGGACUCUGGGAAGUCCUGGAGGAAACACGGACUGCGGCUGAGGUCAUAGAGCUACUGAAGCUACUAUACAAAGAGAAUACAGUUAUUCUCAAAACAGAGAAAGGUGACUCGGACAGAGUCGCCACACCAGUAGGUCUAAGGCAGGGCUGCGCCCUAUCGCCGACCCUAUUUAUCCUCUACAUAUCCGAGCUGGAAGAGCAACUACUCAAGUCCAGAAAAGGCUAUGACGUGCGGAUCUCAAAAAACAUAUUCCAACCAAAUAGAAUACAGAACAGGAAAAUCCCUGGACUACUAUUUGCGGAUGAUCUAGUGCUAAUCGCACACACAUGGUCAGACAUGGAGAAACUUCUCCAAAUCACGUCUACCUUCGGUGAGGAAAGAGGCCUCAUAUUCAAUCCCGCCAAAUCUGCGGUUCUAGAAUUCAAUCGGGUAGACGACACAACCGAUAAGAACUUAUUCAUUCAGGGUAAGAUAAUCCCGAAGGAAAGAACUUACAAAUACUUGGGCAUACAUCUAAGCACGGACGCAAACUAUCUCGAGGACCAGGAAAAAAUCUGGAAGGAGAAAACGCGCAAGGCACUAUAUCAACUACAUGCUAAAGUGCUGUGGAAAUUCAAUCGCUUUGAAACGACGAAAAUACAGUGGAAAGCCACAUGCGUUCCAGCGCUAACGUACUGUAACACGGUAACCGUCAUGUCGAAUACUCUACGGAAAAACAUAGAAUCAGCCCAGAGACAAGCAGCAAGGUGGGCGCUAGGAGAACCAGCGUGCAACUUAGCCAAUGAAUUCUUGAAAGGAGAGCUAGGCUGGUCAACUUUCGAAGAGAGGGAAGCCAAGAGCAAAAUCACAUACUUCAAGCGCAUACAAGAGAUGCCCGACGAAAGAUGGGCGAAACAAAUGCUAACCAUGAUGAGCAUCAACAAUGCCAAAAUCAAAGCCGUAGAGAGGAUGAAAACGCUGUCAUUGAAAUAUGACUGCGAUAACAUAGUGGUUAAACGAUCGGAAGCAGGCGAAGCCUGCCUGAACACAUUCAAAAAGAGUGUGGAAAAAAAGAUCCGAGAUUUAGUCCAUCAAGAAUGGAGAGACGGCAUGAACAAAAAGUCCAGCCUCGCAAGGUAUCGAAAACACAAACAACAAUGCGGCACCAUUGACCACAUAUACGACAAUAGCAGAGGAAGUGUAUUGCUCGCACAAGCCAGAGCCGGCUUCCUCAGAACCAGGAAAUUCAGGUCAAGAUUCGAAGAGAUUGACCCGAGUUGCAGGAUUUGUGGUCAGGAGGAAACUCUGGAGCACGUCCUGAUGGCAUGCCAAGAAAGGACAUGCGAUAAGACGAAAUAUUUGACGACGUACGCCUGCGAAGGCGGUGUGAUGAACAUCACUUGUGAAGAUGGACACAUCAUCCGCUUGAUAAGAGCCAACUAUGGCCGAUUCUCGAUAUCGCUCUGCAAUCAGCAGGGCAACCUCGACUGGAGCGUCAACUGCAUGUCGCGACGAUCGUUUCGGGUGGUGCAAGUAUCGUGCGAAAAGAAGAAGUCGUGCACUCUGUCCGCGGCAACGGAAUUCUUCGAGGACGACCCGUGCCCGGGGACAAAGAAGUAUCUGGAAGCGCACUAUCAGUGUGUCCCAGAGCUUUCAACCACGACGACAUAUAAACCGCCGCUGAUCAUCUUCCCACCGUCGAUAACGGGAUCAGGAAACAAACACGCGCCCCCUCCGCCCAUAAUUUUUCAGUCGACUACGUCGCCAAUGUCUACAACACCGCCGCCUAUUAUUAGGCCCAGCUCGUUGGCUCCUCCGACCGAUAUUCCGAGCGGAGAAUACGAGGAAACCGAGCCCGAACCCCCUACGCCUCAAACGGGAAUUCGGGAACCUGCUCGCCAUGCGACGUUCACGCCGCCGUUAGGAAGCCGUGCGGAGAUCGAAGUUCCCAAUCCCAUGCGGAACGUGUCGACAACGUCCACGACAUCGACCACCGCGUCGCCGCCGCCGCCCACCACCCCCGACGUGUUCACCCGGGUACUUCAGCCCGAACUGCCGCCCAGUAAGGAAACACACUGUCCACCGCGAAAAAUCCGCGACAUGACCUGGGGAUGGACACGUGAGGGAGAAGGGGCCACCCUGCCUUGUCCCAUGGGUAGCUCGGGACAGGCUAGAUGGCAAUGCGGUAUGAACCCCCCGAUGUGGCUCACCGAGUUCCCUGAUUUGAGCGGUUGCAACUCGGUGUGGGUUCGGCAUAUUGAGAGCAAGAUCCACGACGGCUCCGUUUCGGUUGUCAACUUGGCGAAUGAGCUCUCGGAGAAAUCGCGGGUGAAAACGCUGUUCGGAGGAGAUCUCCUGCACACCACCAGUUUGAUACAGCAGCUCGUAGCCCGAGUCGAGGAUCGCUUGACCGAAUCUACGGAUUCUCAUCAACGGCAAGAGGUCGCUCAGGAGCUCAUGAACGCCGUCAUAGACUUCGCUUCGAACAUUCUGGAUGACCAACAGGCGGCCGCCUGGAACGACCUCCCGGCGGGCGAACAGCGAGCCGCGGCUUCAACUCUUCUCGAAGCUCUCGAAAAGAACGCCGUCCUCAUGCUGAAGCACCAAUAUUCACCUCUGAACUACAGCAGGGUUCAGAACAACAUCGUCGCUUCGGUCAAAGUGCUAGCCCAACACGAACUCGGAGGCGAUCUGCGUUUUCCGGAACCGCGAGACGUGGCCGGCACUGAAUGGACGGACGCCAAGGAUUCGCUCACGCUGCCCCAGCAAAGUUUGUUGGAACACGCUCGAGGCGGCCCCAUCCGGGUCGCAUUCUUCUCGUUCAAAAGGAUUAACGCCAUCCUGGGCACGAACUUCCCGCCGUACACCGGACUCUACGGCGAGUACGAUCCGUCGAACGUGUCUCGAGUGGUGAACUCGCGCGUGCUGUCCGCCACUCUCGACAGGCCUCAAGUAUCGGGCUUCUCGCCUCCCAUCAAGAUCGUCCUGCAGCACGAAGUCGCUGAAAACACCACUGACCCUCAGUGUAUCUUCUGGGACUUCAACAAGCGGGACUGGUCGGCCGAAGGCUGUUGGAUCGAGGACUCAAACGCAACGCAUACGGCUUGCGCUUGCAACCACUUGACCAACUUCGCCUUGUUGAUGGAUGUGCGUCCACGCCCAGCUUCGUACGGAGGCGAGUCCGCUCUCCAGGUGAUCACCUACAUCGGCUGUUGCGUGUCCAUCGUAUGUCUUUCGUUCACCCUGAUCGCACUGCAGCUCUGCCGUGGCCUGAAGGGCGAUCGUGCGGCCAUCCACAAGAAUCUCUGUUUCUGCCUGCUCGUGGCCGAGUUUGUUUUCGUGGUGGGGAUCCAUCGGACCGGCGACCGCUUGACGUGUGGACUCAUAGCCGGCGUGCUCCACUACACGUUCCUCGCAGCCUUCACGUGGAUGUUCCUCGAAGGCUUCCAGCUGUACGUGAUGCUGAUCGAGGUGUUCGACCUGGAGAAGUCGCGACUUCAUUGGUAUUACCUACUGGCGUACGGCCUUCCGUCGCUGGUCGUGGGGGUGUCGGUCGCUGUCGACCCGAACAGCUACGGCACCUCGCAGCAUUGUUGGCUGCGCUCCGACAAUUACUUCGUAUUGAGCUUCGUCGGCCCCGUCGUGGCAAUCUUGUUUGCCAACUUGGUCUUUUUGGGCGUCGCCAUCUACACCAUGUGCAAACACGCCAGCCUGGCCAACUCCGUCAAGACCAAGGAGACCUCAAAGCUAUCCAACCUCAGUACGGACGACACCAUCCGAAAUCUUCAUCUGGCGAUUUGGAUCCGAGGCGCCACAGUGCUGGUGUUCCUUCUCGGCCUCACAUGGGCGUUCGGAUUGCUGUACCUCACGUCGGAAUCCGUCGCCCUCGCCUACAUGUUCACCGUGCUGAACAGUAUUCAGGGUCUCUUCAUCUUCUUGUUUCACUGCUUGGCAAAUGAACGAGUGCAAAGCGAAUACCGAAAAUGUGUCGUGAACUGCUCGUGGCUUCCUGAUUGCUUCAAAGGCGAUAAGAUGCUGGACGCGGAAGGUUCUUCGCGAUUGCCCGCUAAUCUGUCGAGGAACCACCACGCUCAUCCGGCGCUCACCGCUUUGCCCUCCAAUCACCAGGCGAUGCUAGGACCCUCCGGGGCCACCCACACUAUUCCGAGCCAGUUCUGGAACCUCCAAAAGGGCCAAGAGAUUUGCACCAACUCAGGAAUCUAUCCAAGAGCUGCCACACUGGACCGGCCAAACGUAGUACCUUCGCAAGUGAUUCUGGACUCGAGUCGUACGACUCCGCGCAAUAACCAGCUCCUCCAUCAACAACAGCAGCAGCAGCAGCAUCUCCACCAACAACAGCUGCAACAGCAGCAGCAGCAGCAUGCAAUGAUGACCGGGAGUCAGCUGGGUCUUGCGUAUCUGGGAGGCCAGAACACUCUUGGCGCAAUAGCCGUUAAUACCCGAAGUAAAAAGUGCAGCACUUUAGGAGGUCACCUCGGGGGCAAGUCCCGACAGGCUCCGCCUCCGCCCUACGGCCAUUUGGAAGGCAUAGAUCACAUCUACGAAUCGAUAGAUGAGGAUCAAGACCCAAAUGCGAUGGGACGUCACCACGCCAUGCACGCCGCCCAGGCUGCUCAACUUCAACAACAACUCAAUCAGCAUCAGCUCAACCUCAGUCAAUUCCAACACGAUUAUAACCUUCAGCAGCACCUUCGGAGUCCAUCCGAAGUGAGUCAUCAUUCGGACCAGCGACCCCUCAUACAGUGGGGCUCUCCGGCGAAUUCGUUUCAACAACAGCAACAGCAGCAGCAACAACAACAGCAGCAGCAACAAUUGCAGCAACAACAGCAGCAGCAGCAGCUUCAACAGCAGCAGACUCAAGGAACGUAUAGUAAUCAGCUGAGCGGAGACAGCAACCCUUUAGUUAUGGCGGUCUUCGACGGCCAGAGGGUCGUGUGCCAGAUGCAACAAUCUCCGACAGGGAGUCAGAGCCCCCAGCAGUGUUCGAGUCAACAACAGCAGCAAUCUUCACAACAAUCGACACCAAAUCAUUUGAGCACCGAUUGCUGA